CCGUUUAUUAGCGUUCGGCCGCGGGCUGGGCCGGCCCAGCGUCAGAUCCUGAGCGCGGCCGACACCCAGCACCCACAGGAAAAGUGGGCAGCUGAAAGAAACCUGUUCUGGACCCUGUGACCCGUUCGGAGCACAACGCCUCCCCUUUCCGCUCCCCCUUCGCCCCGCUGUGGUUCCCGUCAGGGCUGCGUCCGCUUUGGCGAUCGCCAGGGCUCCGGGGUCUCAGUCUCCUCUCCUGUGAAAUGGGGAUAACUGCGUGCUCGGUGAUUCUGCACGUGGAGCGCGGCCGGUCGCCAAAGACGUCAGUGCUGCGGUCCCGCACCUCCCGGACCCCACCUUCCCACCACCCCGGCCUCGGCCCCGCCCCGGGGCUCCCGGGCUCAGCGCGCGGCGCUGGCUCCAAAGUGCGUCACGGGCGCUCCUCCGGCGGCCAGGGCGAGGCUGGCACGGGGCCAGCGCGGGCCUGGCAGCGGGUGCCUGGCCGUCUCGGAGGGGCUGGGACCCGGGGUGUGCAAGGCGCUCCAGUCGCGCGCUGUUGGGGGCGCCCUCCGCGGCGGGCAGUGCGCCAGGGCCCCGGCCUCGGGCAGCCUCGAGGGCGCAGAGGGGCUACACUUUCCCUUCGCCCCCCGCCCUCGUUUCCUCCCGCGCGGCCCGCAGCGGAGAUUUCCUCUCGGGGAAACUACGCGGAUCCUUCCCGGGGCUCCUCGCCCCGCCCCAGGUCUCCGCCCCCUCCUCUUCGCUGGGGAGCCGGUGCUCGCCCGCGGCGGAGAGGAGGCGCUGGCAGCCUGGACCGGGAGGUGGCAGGGGGCCGCGGAGACGUCGUCCUGCCAUGUGACGCCGCCCUCCGCCCGGCGAUCCCCAGUGCGCCCCGGGCCCGAGCCCGCGCUCUGUCGCGCGGCACAUCAUGCUGCUGCCCGGCCACGCGCGCCCACCCUCCACCGCGCAACCCGCGCAGCAUCCCGGCCUCCGCAGGCAGGUGGAGCCUCCCGGGCAGCUCCUACGUCUCUUUUGCUGCACCGUCCUGGUCUGCUCCAGAGAGAUCUCGGCGCUCACCGACUUCUCCGAAGGUGCUGGACGAGUGUCAGAACCAGCGGGCCUGCCACCUCCUGGUCAAUAGCCGUGUUUUUGGACCUGACCUUUGUCCAGGAAGCAGUAAAUACCUCUUGGUCUCCUUUAAAUGCCAACCUAAUGAAUUAAAAAACAAAACCGUGUGUGAAGACCACGAGCUGAAACUGCACUGCCACGAGUCCAAGUUCCUCAACAUCUACUCUGCGACCUACGGCAGGAGGACCCAGGAGAGGGACGUCUGCACCUCGGAAGCCGGGCGGCUCCCCCCCUUUGACUGUCUGUCUUACUCGGCUCUGCACGUGUUAUCCAGGAGAUGUUAUGGGAAGCAGAGAUGCAAAGUCCUCGUCAACAACCACCACUUCGGAAGCCCCUGUCUGCCAGGAGUGAAAAAAUACCUCUCGGUCUUCUACGCAUGUGUUCCCAAGAAUAUACUCACAGCAAUUGAUCCAUCAGUUGCUAAUAUAAAACCUUCUGUGAAGCAGAAAGACGGCGACUACGGUGUAGACCUUGACCCAAGGGAACCGAGGAUUCUGAGGAAAGAUGGCGUGAUUGUCAGCCACUCGUUGGCAGCAUUUGCUUACAUUAGAGACACAGCUCACUCCCCCUCUCCCCGCCAAAAUCAGCUCUGCAUUCAGACCUGUGUGACUUAGAGAGAGUGAUGAGAUUGUGCUCAGAGGGCUGACGGCAACAAAGAGCACUUGAGGCUGGUGACCUCACCAGGGACUUGAACUGCGAGUGAAGGAAGCCGACCGGGGAAGUUUCACGUUUCAAGAAGAUAACGUGUCCCACUUAGAGCUCUCCCGUCAGAUCACAGAAGCUGGAUUUCUUGACUGGACAUGAAACGUAACAGCCGUGGAGAUCUGAACCUCCAGUCUGCAUCUCUGGGAAGGACCGAGGCAGCGGUGACGACAGUCAUUAUUCAAGUGUAGUGAACAGGGGCGCGUGGGCCUGGAGGAGGAUGGUUCUGUCGAGAUGUAGGAGCACGUGCCAGUGGUUCUGGGUGUACGUCUCAGAAGCUGCUCACAGCUCAGGAGCUGGCUUCCCGUCCUGGCUCCACCCAAGCUCAGACGGUGGCUCCCCAGGCCACCCGCUGACCUCAGUCUGAGUCUCUAUAUUGGGGAUUCACAAAGUACAGCCCACGGGCCGCCUUUGUAAAUAAAGUUUUAUUAGAACACAGCCAUAUCUGUAUCAUCUUUCAUGUUACAACAGCACAGCUGAGACGUUGCAACACAGAUCCUGUGGCCCACGGAGCCUAAAAUAGGCCCUGUCUGACCCUUUACAGGGAAAAAACCUGUCAACUCCUGAUCCAUAUUAUGAGAGAGUUAACUGGAUUGUUACUUCCCCAAAUGGGAAUGCUAGCACCUCAGGGGAUACAGAGCUGAAGAGGAAUAGUCCUUUCCACAUAGGGUUAAUGUAAGGAUUAAACAUAUGUUAGGAUUUAGACCAGGGUACAUAGUACAAAUUAGUAUUACUUCUAUUCCUAUUAUACAAUCAUUUGGAUGUUGAACUUUCAUUACCAGAACCUUUUUAUUU